CAUCUAUAAACCUCAUCUCAUAACACAUAUAUAAACAAAAUUCGUACCUUCUUUAUGCUACGAUGUGGAUGAUCACAUUUAUAAGAAUGAUCAUUGUUUGAUUUGUCCCUCAAGGAUAUAAUUUCCUCUUCUUCUUUUUUUUUUUUUUCCAUCUUUCAUGGAGUCCGAUCCAAAUCCUAAUGCUUGGACUCAGUAUAUAAAUCCAAGAGACUGUACUCAAGGCUUAUGUUCCACAUUUUGCCCUCAAUGGUGUAGUUACAUCAAAUUCUCUCCACCACCAAUAUCUUAUGAACAAUUCCUAAACGACGGCGUUUCAUCAAACGAUUCAAACCCCAACCUCUCCCCUCUUGUUAUUGCCAUUAUUGGAAUAUUUGUAACUGCCUUUCUCUUGGCAACUUACUACACUCUUGUCUCAAAGUACUGCGCCAACGACACCAACAAUGAAGCUGCCUCGGAAACCGGAAGAUCAGAUCUCAUUCUUGAUGUUAACUCGUCGGAAAAUGGAGACCAAGACGAUCCUUUUGCUCACGAGUCGUCAAACACCGGUUUAGACGAUGCUGUCAUUAAAAAGAUUGGAUUCUUCAAGUUAAAGAAGCAUCAAAAUGGGUUCAAGAUCAACGGUACUGAUUGUUCAAUAUGUCUUGGAGAGUUCAACGAAGACGAGAGCUUAAGGUUGUUGCCUAAAUGCAACCACACUUUCCACGUCGUUUGUAUCGACCGGUGGCUCAAGUCUCACUCAAACUGUCCACUUUGUCGGGCUAAGAUCAUCGUCCCUACCACUCAACAACCCGAUCAUCGUGUUGUGGUGAUGAAUCUUGAUCAGUUUACAAGCAAUGAAGGAAAUGUAGUCGUUGUUGAUCAUCGGGAAGUGGUUAGUGUUGCGAUUAGUUCUCAUCAUCCACGUCGGUUCUCGGCCGCGGAUAUUGUUAUGCGGAUAAGCAGAGACGGAGAAGAGGAUCAAGAGGGAAAUAAUGAUCUUGAAAGUGGAAACAGAGUGAAGCAUGUAGACUUGAAAAGAUCAUUCUCAAGUGGUGGAUUGGUUCUUGGGACACAAGGAAGGACUAGAUCAUAUCUCUAAACAUACUUCCCCUUACUCUGAUUAGUUUCCUUUACAUUAUAUUUUUUUGGGGGUCGGGGUGGGCAUAUGAAAGUAUGAAACAUAUUUUAUUGUAUUUACACUUUGAGAAAUUUUUACAUACAUACAUAUAAAUAUAAUGGAUACAAACAUCAUCAUCUUAGUUUAAAGGUUUUAAGUUUCUGUGUCUUUAUAUAGUUU